AUUAAAAAGUAAAUCAUAGUUUGUAUCUUGUAACGCAAGAUGACGUUUAUGUUAAUUUUUAACGCAAUAGUGCACGUGUAACCAUAGAAAUCACAUGAUCUCUUAAAUUAAAAUACGUGUAUAUAAAUUUUUCUUUUUAUAUUUUCAAUUCCCAUAAUUUCUUGUUACGUGUCGUUAUCUACUCAAUAUGAAUAAAGACGAAAAAAUUCAAUUGUUACGAGAUGCAAUCGAUAUUUAUCCCAAUUUUCCAAAGCCUGGCAUUAUAUAUCGAGAUAUAUUUGGAGUAUUUCGCAACAUUGUAGCAUUGAGAGCAAUGAAAGAUUUAAUAGUGGAGCACAUUUUAUUUUUGGAAGUUGAUUUGGUUGUAGGUUUAGAUUCAAGAGGUUUUCUUUUUGGUCCAAUCAUAUGCAUGGAAUUGGGAAAACCUUUUUUACCAGUUAGGAAAAAAGGAAAACUCCCAGGAAACGUUGUGCAACAUACUUUUACUCUUGAAUAUGGACAGGAUACUUUUGAAAUACAAACAAAACAUAUAAAAAAAGGUACAAGAGUACUUAUCGUAGAUGAUUUACUAGCAACAGGAGGUUCUAUGCUAGCUGCAAUAAGUUUAAUAAAAUCAACUGGUGCUGAAGUGAUUGAAUGUUUAACAAUAAUUGAAUUAACUGGAUUAAAGGGAAGAGAAAAGCUUGGUGUACCUGUUCACUCAUUUGUUCAAUAUGAUUAAUCUUUCUGAAGUAACAUAAAAUGCACAAUUUUUUAUUUAAAGGGUUUAGACAAUAUAAAGUGCAAUAUUAACAUUCUCAAACCAAGCAUUUAAAUAAAAGAGCAUUUUUAUAACAACAAAACAAUAUUUUUGUAAAAUAAGUCUAUAUAUAGAAAUGUUUUGUUAUUUUGUAAUUCAAUUUAUGAAGAUAUGUCAUAAUACUUACAAAUUAUAAAUAUUGUAUAAAAAUUUUAGUAAAUAUAAAUUAGUAAA